AUGCCUUCCAAGUCCUCCGCUGGCAAUGCCAGCAAGCAGUCCUCCGGCUGCCGCUGCUUCUCCUUCCGCACCCUCAGCAUCAUCGCCGUCUUCCUCGCGCUCUUCUCUGCCAUCUACAGCUUCCUGGACGCGCGUCUGAACCAAUUCUACAUCUUCGACCCCGAGCACCUCCACGAUCUUUCUCAGCGCGCCGUCAAGGCCCAUGGCGAUGAUACCCGCUCCAUUGUCAACUACAUCUUCGCCGAGCUCGAGGAGAAGAUCGGACCCAACCACCUGAACAAGGAUGAGGAGUGGGUGUUCAACAACGCCGGUGGUGCCAUGGGUGCCAUGUACAUCAUUCACGCCAGUAUCACGGAGUACCUGAUCAUUUUCGGCACUGCGAUCGGAACCGAAGGCCACACUGGCCGCCACACUGCCGAUGACUACUUCAACAUCCUGCACGGCACCCAGCUCGCCUACGUGCCCGGCGAGUACGAGGCCGAGGUCUACCCGGCCGGCACCGUCCACCACCUGCGUCGCGGCGAGGUCAAGCAGUACAAGAUGGAGUCCUCGUGCUUCGCGCUCGAGUACGCCCGUGGCUGGAUCCCUCCCAUGCUCUUCUUCGGCUACGCCGAUACCUUCUCCAGCACCUUGGACUUCCCGACCCUGUGGGCAACCACCCGCAUCACCGGUCGCGAGAUGAUUGGCAACCUGCUCAAGCUGAAGAUGUAA